AGCAGCGGCAGCCGGGCGGGCUCUGCCGCCGGGGCGGCGCGGCCAUGGAGUCGGGCCUGGAGGAGCUGAUGCCGCGGCUGCUGCCCGUGGGCGACUGUGACCUGGCCGAGGACUUCGAUCCCACCGUGCCUCCCAGGACGCCCCAGGAGUAUCUAAAGCGCGUCCAGAUUGAAGCAGCUCGAUGUCCUGACGUUGUCGUGGCGCAAAUAGAUCCCAGAAAAUUGAAGAAGAAGCCGACAGUAAACAUUUCAAUUUCUGGAUGUCAGCCUGCCCCUGAAGGAUACUCUCCAACACUCAAGUGGCAGCAGCAGCAAGUGGCCAAUUUCUCAGCUGUUCGUCAGAGCCUGAACAAGCACAGGAAUCACUGGCGGUCACAACAUUUGGACAGCAAUGUUACUAUGCCAAAAUCAGAGGAUGAAGAAGGCUGGAAGAAAUUCUGCCUUGGGGAAAGAGUAUACUCAGAAAUAGAUGCACUAUCUGAUAAUGAAAAUUUAGGAAUUGAUUACUUGAAGGUGGGCUUUCCCCCUUUGCUAAGUAUUGUAAGCAGGAUGAAUCAGGCAACAGUAACCAGUGUCUUAGAAUACCUGAUAAGCUGGUUUGGAGAGAAAAAAUUUACUCCAGAGCUGGGUAGAUGGUUUUAUGCACUGUUAGCAUGCCUUGAAAAACCUUUGCUACCUGAAGCUCACUCUCUUAUUCGACAGCUGGCAAGACGAUGUUCAGAAGUCAGGGCACUGGAGGAGAGCAAGAAUGAAGAACAAAUAUCAGCUCUGAACUUGAUAAUCUGCUUAGUUAGUAGGUACUUUGAUCAACGUGACCUGGCUGAUGAGCCUUCCUAGGCUGUUUUGAGAACAUGCAGUAUUUUUCAUUGCCACAGUACAAACAGCAUUAUCAGAGUUAAUAGCAAGACACUGCACUGUUGAGACCUGAAGUAUUACACAAUCCCUUCAGACCACCCUCACCCUAAAGCAUUUGGGACAGCUGUGAAUAACAUCAGCUGAGUUUUAGCUGAGAUUGUCAGUGUCUCCAAAACUCAAAUACCAUCAUCACCAUCAUUGUAAAGUGUAACUGAAGUGUCCAGCAUCCUCUCUCAAGCUCCUGUCUUUGUAAACUACAUUCUUGGUUAGAAAUUUCUACAAUCUGAGUAAUCUAUGGACACUGCUAUUAGGGGAAGUCUGAGGUUACAUUACAAAUCAUUAUUCUUUUUCUAACAGACUUAUUGAGGACUUUUUUAAUAAAACUAAAGGAUUUUAAA